CGGGGCGGCGCGGCGCUCGGUUGAACCGGGCAGAGCCUGGGCGGGGGCCCCGCACCGGUGACCCCGCGGCGGUGCUAGGCCCGGAGCCGCCCGCACCGGACCCCGCUGUCCGUGUGUCCCGGUGCCCGUCACCCCCCGCCCGCACCGCGGCUCCACCGUGGGCUUCCCCGCAGCCCCGGCAGCGGUAAUUGAUGCCCGAGGUCGCCCCCCGCCUGUCGGGCUCGGCUCGUCUUUCCCCGCCGGAGCUUUAAUUACCUCCGUUAAGGACACCCGGGGCCGGCGCCGCCGCCGGGACAAUGGUGGAUCCUGUUCCCCAUCAAUCAUUCAUGGCCGUGCCGCGGGAAGGGGUUUCUCCCUUGGCUGGGACCGGUCAGGGAUUUUCCAGCCUUCCCGGUGCCGGUUGGAGGCGCUUGUGGCACCCGCUGCCCCCGCAGGGGACCCGCGCUGCCGUGUCCCCCCCCGCGCUGUCCCCAUGGGUGUCCUGAGCUGCGUCAAGUACCUGAUGUUCAUCUUCAACGUGCUGGUGUUUGCCGGGGGGACGUGCCUGGUGGCCGUGGGGCUCUGGGUGGCCGUGGACCCAUCCGGCUUCCAGCACAUCGUGGCUGCCAACGGGGUGCUGAGCGCCGGCGCCUUCCUGCUGCUGGCCGUGGGCAUGGCCCUGGCCCUGCUGGGCUUCCUGGGCUGCUGCGGGGCCCUGCGCCGGAGCCGCGCGCUGCUGCUGGGGUUCUUCAUCCUCGUGAGCCUUGUCUUCAUCACGCAGCUUGUUGGGGCCGUUCUCUUCCUGGUGCACUGGAAACAGAUGCAGCCAGAGCUGCUCUGGUCCGAGCUGCGGAGGAACUACCGCGGGGACGAGGGUGCUGAGGUCUUCUCCACCGCCUGGAACACCCUCAUGGUCACGUUCUCCUGUUGUGGUGUUUUAGGACCCGAAGACUUUGGGAACGGUUCCUGCUUCCAGGAGCUGCACCCGGGGACACCGUGGCCACGCGUGUGCUGCGCCCGCGCCGGGCUCCUGCAGGCGGGGGAGCUGCUGGGCUGGGAGCAGUGUCGGGACAGGAGCCCCGGCUACAUCCAUGAGCAGGGCUGCUUCUCCUCCUUCGGCAGGACCUUGCAGAAGUACGUUUCUCUCCCGGGGAUCUGCAGCCUGGUCGUGCUGGGCAUCGAGAUCUUUGCCAUGUUCUUUGCCUUCUGCCUUUAUUACAACUUCGACUGAGCAGGACAAGGCCCAGCAGAGCCAAGCCCUGGGCUUGGAGCCAGCAGUGGGAAGGAUGCUCCAGUUCCUGGUGUGUCAGAGCACAGCUCUCUCCUUCCCUGCCCCAGUUCCUUCCCCAGGUGGGCAGGAGCCUUCCCGAGUCCUGUCUCUGCUCCUAUGGCCACAGAAGGCUGGGCCUGGCCCUUUCCUUGGAGCAGGGACAGGACACGGGUUAAAGUCCCUGCAGGCAACUGCGUGGAGCAGGAGGCUCUGGUAAGAGGUGUCCUGCCCCUUGUGCUCCUCCUACCCCUCGUGCCAGCAGGAGUUGUCCUUCACCCUCCCAGCCCUCUCCAGCUGAGGGUUGCUGGUGCCCAUCUCUCCUCCCCAUCCUGCUGCCAGACCUGUGGCACCCUUUGGGCUUUUCCUCACCCCACUGGGCUGGUGCCUGCCACUGGUGAGACACCACAUCCAGGCACAGCCGCAUCCUCUGAGCUGGUCCAAGCUGCACCCAGCCUCUAACAUGGCUCUGGAGAGCCAGAGUUCCAAGUGGCAGGAGACUGAAGCUUUCAGGAUUCGUAUCCUUUAGUCACUCCAGUGUUAGGAGGAAAACAGGAAAGUAAAAUAGAAACCAAAACA